AUGAAAAGAUGGAACCUGCCCCUAAUAUCUCAGAAUUCACACUAUAUCAUCGUCAAUAAGCCAUGUGGGGUUUUAUGUCAGCCUCCAGAUAUAAGAACGUGGUACCGCCAUCAUAAUUAUGAUCCUCCAGUUUUAACGGAACUGCUAAUUGAACAAUAUGGGAAUGACUGGCGGAAUGAAUUACGAUCUGUGCAUCGAUUGGAUAAAGAUGUUACUGGUGGGGUUUUAGUUGCGUGUAAUAAAAACGCAGCUGCAAAGUUUAGUACUAAUUUAGCUUAUGGGGGAAAUCGUGGGUUCAAAUUCAUAAGAAGAUACGUUGCCGUAGUAUCUGGUGAAAUGAUAAACAAUAUUCCAAAUGAGGGAAGGAUAUUGAUGGGUGAUACAGUAUCAGAUUAUAAGCGUUUAUACCCGAACCUACUUAUAUUGCAGCUGGGAACGGGCAGAAAGCACCAAAUAAGACGACUUUUGCGUGAUGUGUUUAAACAGCCUAUUAAAAAUGAUGUCAAGUUUGGUGCUUCAUUAGUUUCUGGUAUUGGACCCGUCAUCGGCCUGCAUUCCGGUUUUAUAUCCACUCAAAUUGGCUUAAAGAAAGAAUCGCAUCUCAUUCCUAUUCCGUCUGAUGUUGGAACAUUAAAGCUGUGGCACAAAUAUAUUGAUAAUAAGGGAAACUUUUCUACUGUUAUAGCUGAGACUCUCUGUGGGUUUCAAAUUCCAGACUCUUUGGAUCAAGAACUUAAACUAACUGGGUUAGAAGAUACGACAAUAUUCUAUAGAUCAAAAAUUGAUUCAUUUUGA